UGCACACAGAGACGACAAUUUCCUUCCCCUCUCUCAAAUCAGAAUCCAAAUUCUAGUUCUAGAUAAUUAUCGUCAGAAUCAAGAGCCAGCCAAUCCGAAACCCUAGUUUCCAACGUUCCGGGCUUUCACUGCAAGUGACUCGCGAUUCCCCGCUUUUCUGACUGUCGAAACUCGGCGUCCGCCGACCUCUUCAAUUCCGUUUAUGGUAACAGUUUUGAGGCCUCAAUUCGAUUAUCUUUGUGGGUUGUUAAAGCGAGAGCAAAUGAUAGAACCUGGAAGCUCACUCGUUCGCGCUUGAGUCUGUUGAGUCUGGAGGGCAAAUAUGUAUCAUGCCAAGAAAAUUUCAACUGCGAGCUUAGUGCCGCAUAAAACUCAAGAUGCGGAACAAGUUGCCAAUGUUGGAAGUUCAGGUGGAGCUGGAGUAAAGACUAACACUCCUCCUGGGGGUUCUGGGAAACAGCGUUUGCGGUGGACUUCAGAUCUUCAUGACCGCUUUGUGGAUGCAAUCACACAACUUGGGGGACCAGAUAGGGCAACACCGAAAGGUGUCCUAAGAGUGAUGGGUGUCCGAGGACUUACCAUUUAUCACGUGAAAAGCCAUUUACAGAAGUAUCGCCUUGCAAAAUACCUGCCAGAGUCUUCAGCUGAUGGUAAAGGUUCCAAAGACGAGAAGAAAGGCUCUGCAGAAAGCCUAUCUGACAUGGAGUCUUCCCCGGGGGUUCAAAUUAAUGAAGCAUUGAGAAUGCAGAUGGAGGUCCAGAAGCGUUUACAUGAACAACUUGAGGUGCAGAGGCAGUUACAAAUGAGGAUAGAAGCCCAGGGGAAAUACUUGCAGAAGAUCAUUGAGGAGCAGCAGAAACUAGGUGGGGUGCUAAACGCUUCUGAGCCACUGGCCGAGGAGAAAGAAAUUGCCUCUCCUAAGAUGCCUCGAACUGCCCCAGCUGGGACGUCUUCUCCUCAUAAGAAACCAAGGCUGGAUGAUGGUGCGAGAGAUGACAGCUGUGGUUCUCCAGUUCCUGCAGAAACCUGACCAGAAGAAAUGUCUUAAUUGAGACCAAAACUUGUAUCUUGGACAUGAGAUUGAGAGAGAAGAUGAAGGCGGUGCAAAAAAGCACCUCUGGAACAGGGCCUCAUGUGUAAAUCUAAAUAAGAGCUCUCUUUGUUGUUCGUAACAUGCUUGUGCAGAUAUAGUCAUAUAAACCAUGCUUGUUGGAAUUGCAUACCUGUAAUCCAUAUGUAGUUAUAUAAUUCAAUACAAUUGUGUAGUUGUUUCA